AUGAACCCAGAAACCUCGCCACUGCUGGCCCAACUGCUCAAUGCCGAAACCGUCGCCGAACAAGUCACGACCUUGAGACUGCUGAAGCACGAGCUCAUCGGAUAUGAUCAGCGAAAGGAGGCCUGGGUUCAUUGGGGUAUCAUACCGUUGCUUUCCAGGGUGUUAUUAUCAAAAACAGGAGGCAGCAAGAAGCCAGCUGUUGCAGGUGAACAGAACGGUGUGACAGACCGGAGUGAUGCUAUCAACGACCGCACCGAAGAUGAAGAGGCUUGUUUACAGGCUACCAUUAUCGUCGGCAGCUUAGCUCAAGGUGGCCCGGCUUUCAUCUCGCCCAUUCUAUCGAGCUCUAUCGUCCCUUCGUUGUUGUCCAUUCUUGCCUCCGACUGCUCCCAGUCCCUUACGCUUCCAAUUCUCAAAACCUUCAACACCAUUGCAGAUCGAUAUAUCCUUCAAAACGUAAAUUGGCCCCAAGACAACCAUCUUGCGGAGCUCUUGUUCGCACCCGACCACAUCAGCUGUUAUGCCCAUAUCAUCGCCAGGUCGUCUCCGUCCCCGGCUACGCAGUCAUGUAUCUCGCUGGCUGCGACUCUAAUAGCAAAAAUAUGCACAGACGAAUCCCAUAAAAAUGCUCUGGCCGAAUACGGUUCUUUGGAUGCUUUGGCAAUGAAUCUUGCCUCGUUUGUCGUGGCACAAGGUUUUGUCCUACCCGGCGCAGAAAACCAUCUCAAUCAAGAUGGAGCUCUAUCCUCGCUCCCACCGCCAGCACCUUCAACGGCCAAAUUGGCUCCGAUUCUACGCGCCGCCUCCGUCCUUGUAGAGAACUCCAAGUCGCGGGCAGAACAUUUCUUGUCUUCUCCGGGCAUCCUUACCGUCUUCCCGGGGCGACUGCCCGAGUUCUCGCCUACGGACAUCAAAAAGAAUCCUUGGGGCAUGCCAUACCUGUCCGGCACAGCAGUUCCCCGCCAAAUCCACUCGAAUCCAUUCGAUGUCAUCUUGCCUUCUGUUCCUCUCAAUCAAAGCAGUGCGCUGUCAAACUUUCCCCCGCUUGUCCCGAUGGGAUCUUUCCACAAACGCUCCUUAUCCUUUCUUGAAUCAUCGCCGUCUGACGAGGAGGAGAAUGCAAUAAUCCCUUGGCUGAUCCACCUGGUUCGCACCGAAUCUGGUAUGUCACGAGUCAUGGCGGCGCGCCUUGUUACGGCCCUGUUCCGUCUUGAACUGGUGAAGAAACAUCGAAUUCCCAUGUUUAGUUUUAUUAUAAUACCGAUCCUAUUGCAAAUGCUCGAUAAGACUUACGACUUCAAGGCGGCUGCGGAUCCAGAGUAUGACGGCUUGAUCAAGACGACCCUUCGCCUGAAGGAGGAAGUACCAUUUAUACUCGCCGCCCUUGUAAUGGACACGAAUGAACUGCAGAAGCAUGCCGCCGAGGGAAAUGCCAUCAAGAAGCUCUCUCAGUUGCUCAAAGAGACAUACAACACCCAUCAAGUAAAUGCCAAAGUCACCUGGUCUGCUGAGACUACGAAGAAUGAUUUACAUUCAGAAAUAUCAUCCGAAGUUCAGCUAGGGUCCGUCGGUUUUAGUCCAAUGACCUGCCAUAUUCUUCGCUAUCGGGAAGGUAUUCUGAGAACUUUGGCCUCUCUUGCGCUUUUCAGUGAUGAUUACCGUAAAUUGUUCUGCGAGAAUGGAGUUGUACCAUAUGUUAUCAACGCUCUGAAACCACGACCAUCCACCACGACCGAAGAUGCCACAGAGACCAAGAAUGGCUCCUCAGAUGGAAACCCUAUCCCGACAAUCCUUGCCGCUUGUGGUGCUACUAGAGCCUUGACGCGGUCUGUCAGCGUGCUGCGGACAAGCAUGAUUGACGCCGGAGUAGCUACUCCUCUGCUGGAGUUGUUUGUCCACCCUGAUAUUGAGGUACAGGUUGCUGCGACUUCGGUGUUGUGCAAUCUUGCGCUUGACUUUAGUCCUAUGAGAGAGUCAUUGGUGAGCCCCGAAACUCUUUCUACUCUAUGUGAUCAUGCCCAUUCUCCCAAUGUGAAACUCCGCUUGGAGUCAUUAUGGGUUCUCAAACACAUUGUGUACAAUGCAGCCAAUGAUCUCCGAAUCAAGAUCAUCAACGGCCUAGAGCCGUCAUGGUUGGGUGAAGUUAUGUCGACGGACCCCAUCAACAAAGCAGGGUUUUUGCAAGAUCCAGACACCGGCUCGCUAUUGGGCAUGGGGACGUCCAACUCAGCCGGCGAAAAGGUCGACUUGCUGAACCCAUUGGAAGAUGUCGAAAAUGUAGACGAAACAAUGGACUCUGCGCUGGAGGCCGGCAGUAAUACCAGCAGCGAAGCAUUCCUACCAGACGCGACACGACUCAAGAAACUGGCAUUGAGCGGAGAGCUAUAUCGGAAAAACCAAGCCAGACUGGACGACUUUGCAGUGCAAGAGCAAGUACUCAACAUAGUCCGAAACUCAAUGGUCGGCAACGAAUCAUCGGAAAUCGUCGACCUUCUUCUCAAGGAAAUCGGCCACAACGACUUUUUGGACAUUCUCGCCGACAAGGUACGACCGCGACCAGUUCCUACACGCCGCGACUCGCCGUCUCGUCCCACAACCCCGCCGAUGCCCAGCGAGAUCUUGCUCGCAGUCACCUAUGUUAUUAUCAACAUCGCAGCCGGCCCCCCGCGAUACCGGGACCUGCUCUUCUCGCAUCGCACCCUUUUAAAGGAUCUCCAGUGCCUCUACGAGUACCCAAACAGCCAGAUCCGAGUCAACUGUGUCUGGGUCGCUCUCAACCUGACUUUUGCAGAUAACCACAGUGACCAACCUGGGUGUCGUGAACGCGCACUCAAGCUCAAGGCUCUUGGAUACGUAGAUCGACUACGCGCUCUCGAAAAGGAUCCCGAUUUGAACGUUCGAGAGCGUAACAAGACGGCGCUUGAUCAGUUCCGCAGCUUGAUUGAUUUGUAG